AUGCGUAGGGUUUUUGUUGUGAAAACUAUGAUGCUCUGUGGGGUCCUCGUUGUUGGUGGCAUCUUGGCUGGCACCUUACUCGGAGAACGCUUGGAAGGCGUAGACCCUUUUAACAUCACCAUGUUUGCCUGGGUUCUGGCUGGUUUUAUCAUCUUGCUUGCGAAGAGUCUCUAUGUUGGGGAAUGGCCGUGGCGCGACUUCCUGCGAGGUCGCGUUCCCUGUCGUAGUGUAUCCGAGUUGCAAAUGGUCACAGGCGUAGAUGCGCAGGAUAUCAUGGAGUACCUCUUAGCGAAAGAGUCGUAUACCAUACUCGACACAAAAGGUCCGUUCAACCGUCUCUUCUCUCGCCGCUACGAUGACGGCUUUUCUAUAGAUGUUAAGAUGGAACUGCGCACACUUGUUGCUAGCGGCAUAAUCGUGAUCAAGGUGGCUACGAACAUGGGACCAGGUCUUGUGUGCCUUGACGUCCGCAGAGGUGCGUAUGGCCGCAGUGUCAUCCAACACUACGAUAGUCCCGAGAAAGACGAGCAUGUUUUAGGGUGCUUUGAAUUCCCGGAAGCUUUUGAAGACAACGAGGAGAUUCCCCUUCAGACAUUAUCAGAAUCGAUGACUUGGACAUGGAUAUUAGGUGUUUAUCACCGCCCUUAUAAGAAGUUUAGAUAG